CGAGUUGAAUUAUAUUACGAGGUUUCCAAGCUCGGCGCCGUUGAUUUGACCUCGCACUCGCGCACUCUCUUAUCGAUCUCUAUUUACAAGAACGUGUGCAUCGGAGAGCAAUCCGGCGUCAAGCUAGUGGAUCAGUAGAAUGCAUUAGCAUCGUGUCUGUAUAGAAAUUUGGAGAAGUGGGCACUAUUCAUUCGAGGGGCCUCGACGAAUUUCAAUUGAUCUGGUGGUCUCUAUUUUGGCAGUGAGGAGGGAUUUCGAUCGAAUUAGGAGGAUUCUGAUUGAGCGGGAUGACGAUCAGGUUUGUGUUGUUGGUAAAUAAGCAAGGUCAGACACGGCUGGCGCAGUACUAUGAGUAUCUUACCAUCGAGGAGCGGCGAGCUUUGGAGGGGGAGAUUGUCCGAAAAUGCCUCGCCCGUCCAGACAAUCAAUGUUCGUUCGUGGAGCAUCGCAACUACAAAGUGAUCUAUCGCCGAUAUGCAUCGCUCUUCUUUUUGGUCGGUGUUGACGGUGAAGAGAAUGAGUUAGCGAUCUUGGAGUUUAUUCACUGCGUGGUGGAAACAAUGGAUCGUUAUUUCGGAAAUGUGUGUGAGUUGGACAUAAUGUUCCAUUUGGAGAAGGCGCAUUUUAUGUUGGAGGAGAUGGUUAUGAAUGGCUGCGUAGUUGAGACCAACAAGCAAAACAUUUUGCACCCUAUUCAACUUAUGGACAAAACAACAUAGUGGACGUACACAUUCGCACUGCUGUAUCCUGAAAUGUGCGCUAACCAUGUUCUUCUUAAUUACUCUCGUUCUGCGUUUCCAUUAUGUGAGAUUCGUAGUUGCCAGACAUGGGACGCAUGUGAAUGUGUUGAAGGGUUUCUUUAUGCUGGUUUGUAAAGAGCUAAGUUGUAGAUCGAGGGAAAGUUUGCAUAUUAUUAGUCACUUUUCUCCAACAAUGUAUGUACUGCUUGUAAUGGUAGGGAACCAUUUGUCACAUAAACCUCUCUGGGCCUUGCUUCUUCA